GUCGCAGAAUCAGAGGAAAACGUACCCCAAAGCCUGUCUCUUUCAUACAGUUGAAAGCCUUUUAAUACACGCCACGACCAACACGGUUUGGGUUACUCCAAAAUGGCUCGGUUGGCUGGGAACUACGCAUGCGUCGAGUUGCGGGUCUCUUAUGUUUGAGCACUUCACUCCCCAAGUCCACACGAGAAAAGAGUCACAUUUUUAAUGAGCAAUGUCAGCCAGCAAUACAAUGCGCUGUAAUACAGCGCUGCCGCCAGCAGGAAGUACUUGCAGUCACAUACUAGUCUAAAGUCUGUGGAACAGCAACAAGUCUUGCAACCGAACUAUCUUCAAUACGGGAGGAGUCCUUAUGAAGAAUUCAUAUCCACGUACAGCACCUUCCAGGACGAAUGCCUGAUUUGGCAGCAGUUGGAAACCAUGAUUUUCUUGUACGCAAUAGUCAUCGUGAUUGCAAACUUGCAAUUUACUCACGGAUCUGUUUGUAGUUACUCAUGCUCGCAGAGGUACCAAACCAAAUUUGGAUUUUGGAAAUGGGGUCGCACCACCACAUACAGGUACAUAAGCUGUUACAGGUGUUGUGAAGGAUGGACUGGGCAUAAAUCAGAUCGCUGCCCAACCCCCAUUUGUUCUUACGGAUGUCCCAAUGGAGGUCGGUGUACCCGUCCUGACUACUGCAGCUACUGCAACCGAGGCUUCUACUCUCCGCGAUGUAAUCGGUGCACGGCCAUCGCACAUUGCCUUGAGGUGUACUGCAGCACUUACUCGGACCAGAGAUGCGAUAGAUGUGAUGGUGAUUACGGCUCAUCUCUAGGAUCGGCGUAUAAGAAGUCUUACUCCAUGACCCGGUGCAUUAAGCAAUGUUCAUGGAGGAGUGACAGCAAUGCCUGCUACCCGGGGUCCUGCACAAAUGGCCAGUGCACCUGCAGCAGUGGAUUCUGGGGAACUGAUUGUAGAAGAAUGAGCAGCAGUGAAGCACCAGUGAUAUCAGAGCACCGAGCCACCCUGAUAUCUGGAACAACCACGCUGGAAUCCCCAUCGGUUCAGGACAGUACAGACACCGUCUUCACCAACGUAGCAAACUUCACAAACCUAACAAUCACGUGGGUUAGCUCCUACCAGCCCUCUGGACUACCAAGCCUUAGUAGUGGUGGACAUCCAUACAUCCAAAGUGUCCGGAUGGGUGUUGUGGAUGCAGGGGUGACAGCUGUUGUGAAUCGGGUUCGGGGAGUAACAUAUCAAGUAGGCACGUGGCAAUGUAGUAGAUCGACGAGUGGACAGUCCUUCAAUCAAAACCAACCCGCAACCAGCCUGGUAGCCUGUGCAAACACAUUCACUAUCGACAGUAAUAGCUGGACGCCAGUUACCGGUGAUGUACUGAGGGCUGAUGUAUCUUCAACCAGUGGCGGCUACAUGAAACUUUACAACCGAGACAGCUAUAGCAGCAUCAUCACCCGGUACUACAGCGGCAGCACAAGAUACGGCAGCCCGUCUUUCACUUUUGACUUCGUUCAGCCGUAUCACUGCGUGGGUGGCAGUGGCUGUAGGAACACAAUGCUGGACACGGAGAAUGUUAUUUCUCAGGCAACAAUGGCUGUAACCUGGGAUGGCUGGUCAGACAGUGUGGCUGGCAUCAAGGACUACUAUCUGGAAGUGCGACAGUUGUCAGGUAGCCAUGGCGAUGAGAUGACAGAAAUCUUCGACAGCGACCCCAUUUUCUCUGGGAUAGCGAGCUCUGGUCAAAAUGUCACCUUGACUGAAGUUGGCGUUUACUCUGUUGUCCUCGGUGUCUAUGACAACGCGGGCAAUGUCAAACAUAGCAGACGCUUUGUGUUCUUUGACGACAAUGACAGUGACGUUACGUUCACGCAGAGCAACGCGUCUGUGCGUGUACUCUCAGCCACGGAAGAAACCGACUAUGUCUGGCUGACCCACCUGGAUUCCCUCGCAGGGACGACAUCUGUGCACCUUGAUUGGACGAAUCGUUUUAUCAACGAAUAUCAUCACAACCAAGGUUUACUUAAACCCAUUAGGCCCUAUGUCCCUGCAACUAUUCAUCCUGAUUAUGAUCAAAACUUUGGACUUCGUGGCCGUGCAGCCAUCUCCAAUGCCUUUGGCGUGACAGAAUUCCGCGUGGUAUAUGACAUUGACCACAGCGGUGGCAGGACCACUGUCAACGUGAGUGACGACAACUCAGACCACUGGAGCAGUGAAGGCUUAACUAAGCAAGCGACUUAUGACGUGACCCUAGUAGACGGCGAUUCCGUUCGGUUCUGGGUGGAGGCCAGAGACCUAGCUGGUCACUUUCUGAGGGACAGUGUGUUGGUUCACGCUGAUUCAUCCUCGCCUGUCAUUGAAGACUUCUGGCUGGUACGGGACGGGGAGGUGAAUCUAGCCGUUCAUAAUUCAGGGGAUCUGCAUGAAAUGAGUGUUGCAUUUAGGACCUAUGAUAUUCACAGCGGCGUAAGAACCAUCGAAACGCGUCUCUUUGACAAUCACACUGGAACUGAGGUUGAACUUGACCAUCAAACAAUCCCAGCGAGGACAAUCAAUACGGACGACGAGCCUUGUGAUCCUGUAAGCUGCAUGUGUGUCCCAAUCGGUAACUGUUAUGCCGCAGACUAUGGUUUCCAUCAAAGAGAUAUCACUAUUGUGCACGACCAUGACUACUUCAUCACGCUGACGGUUACCAACCAUGCAAGACUGAUGACUACGCAGACUAUCAAGGUAACAAUCGACACAUCAGCCCCUCAAGCCGGCGUGGUGCAUGAUGGGAUACGUGGAUCCAAUGAGGUAGACUUUCAGGAAGGCAAUGACCUCUCAGCUCACUGGGAGGGGUUCUUUGACAAGGAGAGUGGGGUCAAGUUCUACCAGUAUCUGUUUGACAACUCCUGCUGGAUUGACGAAGCGUCGAUUGGAAGGGUCAGAGAUGAUAUGAUAAGGACCACUUCCACACGUGCAAGUUGGGCAGCGCCCUCUCCUGGCCUCUACUACGUAACUGUCAUUGCUUACAACCGAGCUAUGGAACCUUCAGAGGCCGUGUGCUCCGAUGGCGUCGUGAUUGAUACCAGCCCUCCAGAGCUGACCCAGAUUGCUAUCAGCUAUGCCCGGAUGUGGCCUAGUCUGGCUAAGGAUGCUGAGGGUCGGGUGUGGUUCAUCAACGAGCAUCGCAGGAAGAUAGAGCUGGUUAAUGCAUCUAGUGACUGCAGUUCCAAGGCAGCUCUGGUAGAUGAUUUGUCUGUUUAUCCUGAGAUGUCUGCCACCAAUGACACUACACAAAUACCCCAAGAAGACCUGGACUGCCUCUGGAUCUCAGCCGUUCAGCAGACAUUCUUCCUCCCGACCGACAAACAUAUUACCAUCUCCUGGACCGGAGAGGAUGCAGAGAGCUCCAUUUAUGACUACGAGAUCGGUCUUAGCACUGACCCAUCAAGUCUGACCCCUGACCUCGUAACCUUCAGGUCAACAUCAGGUCAAGAUCACUUUAUGAUGUACCAUCCCCAUAUCAGUCAUGGAUCUGUGUUCUAUCUGGUUUUGAAGGCAGUCAACAAGGCUCAGUUGUCUACGAUCAAGAAAGUUGGACCAAUUGUAGUGGACACCACGCCACCCAUGUUUGUUGGGCGUGUCUCGGUUCAUGCGGAGGAUGAGUACUUGAUAGCUGAAUGGGGAGAGAGUGGUUUCAUUGAUGACGAGGAUACCAGCCUGAGAUACCAAGUUGCCAUCGGGAGUACCCCGGGUGGCACGGAAACUCUUACCUUCGAGACAGAGAAAGACUACCGAAUUGGGCCGUGUUUGUCACGAUCAUACUGUGCUGCAUUCUCAUUGGACGAUAUCAACUGGCAUCUCCACGGCAAUCAUGAGUAUUACGUAACAGUUCAAGCACAGAAUGGCGCUGGAUUAACCACAGCUGGGACCUCAUCCGUGUAUAGACACAUGGUGCAGUUGCCGUCCGUGGGUGUUGUAUUUGAUGUUGCACCCCCUAAGGAGGAAUCCGAUGUGGACUUUGGGGUAGCCAACGAUAUUGACGUUCAGAUGAACACCACCAGCAUCUCAGCCCGUUGGUUUGGUUUUGAGCAUCCUCAUCUUAAUAUCAACUAUGAGAUUGCCGUUGGAUCAGAAGGAGGCCCUACUGACGUCAGCGGUGGUUUCAUCAAUAUCGGCAGUGCAACCUCCUAUCGAUUGCAUGGACUAGAUCUUACUUCGCUCGGGACUUAUUACGUGACCAUCCGUGCCAACUCUGAAGCCGGUAGCGUCAACGUUACUUCAGACGGCGUCAAAGUCAUUCAGGAGGGUGUGGCACUGGAGGGAGCUGUGAUCAAAGAUGGACUGGGCUGUGAUCAAGAUGAAAUGUCUGUGCCGUCAGGAUUAUCUCAUCACUCAUCUGUUGCUGACAAACCCUGUGAGGAUGACAUCACAUACCAGUCGUCUACUUCAGACAUCUCAGCUCGUUGGACAAUCCCAGAGAUGCUUGUACCGUUUGUGACUAAUGUCGUCUGGACUGUUGAACGGGAGAUUGAAAUAUACAUAGAUGAUGACAACACUACAAAAAAGUGGAUACCUGUGCUUGAUGAUCAAAAUCUUGGCAUGGCAUAUCAACAUGUCGGGGCUGGUAUGGGGUUCCAUGGUGGAAAUCACUACAGAACAAAGGUGCGGUUCUGCCAUAGUAAUGUUUGCUUCCGACCGAUCGUCACUGAUGGAUUCUGGGUAUUAUCCCAACCACCUGAGGUCGGUCAGAUCACAGUCAACAGCACUGAGACUACGCAAGGCGGGACAGAGCUCCGUGUGGUCUUUCAGCCCUUUGCGCAUGAUUACGUCCGUCGUGACGAACCACAAGAACUGAUGGAUUUCUAUGAAUGGAGCAUUGCUGAGGACGGUAGUGAUGGAGCCUUACUGAGCCAGUGGACACGAAUCCAGAAUCUGAUGGUUACUGGGGAUGCGGCCCGCUUCACAGCUUCCUACAAUGGGUCGUUGGACCUUGAUUCGUGUUUGCGAUUAUCAGUGAGGGGCUACAAUAACGCUGGUCUGUCCUCCAUUGCCAGCAAGGAGAUUGUUGACUGUGAUGAUGUGAAGCAGGUUGUCCCUCAUGUUGUCAUAGAUGCAGAUCAUGAAGUAAACAUUGAGCAGAAUGCCUUGUUGCCGGAACCAGACAAGAACUACAUCUCAUCUACGUCCUCAUUAUCAGCAGUCUGGCCUACUCUACGUCACAGAGCCUAUAUCUGGGCAGUCAUUGAAGACAUCGGAUCCAAUGCAUUAGGAAACUUGGACCAUGGUCUGCAGUACCCCUGCGAUCACCCAAUGAUGAAGGCCUGUGGGGAAACAGAUAAAGAGUUUGUCAACGUUCCUGAUUUGGUCCUGGCUCAUGGAAAGCGUUAUCGAAUUUGCAUCCAUGCUGAUGAAGUGACAUUGGAGCAUGAGUUGUGGAAUGAACCUCUGCCUGCGGUGUCCACCUGUAGUGAUGGUGUUGUCAUAGAUACGACCCCACCAACCCCUGGCUCUGUGUGGAUUGGAUGGAACAGGCAUCAAGCCUAUCAAAGUUCUAGCUCUGAAUUAGUUCUUCAUUGGGAGUCAUUUACUGACAUUGAGGAACACGGCAUGGCACCACACCACUCAGGGAUCAAGUACUAUGAAUAUGCCAUCGGUUCAAUGCCGGGAGAAAGUGACGUGAAAGCAUUCACGCGUGUUGGAAUCACCAACAGUGUUAUAAUACACGAUCUGAGAUUACAGAAUGGACACAAGUACUACGCUACAGUGAAAGCGACUGACUUUGUCGGUCUGUCAUCACAAGCAAUGUCAGAUUCAAUCAUCAUCGAUACGUCACCUCCUGUCGUCAGUGCUGAUUAUACGUUGGACAUUGGAGGCAUCUUCAUCCGGUCUACAACGUCCAUCUCCGCAAGUUGGGAGAAUAUAUUCUCUGACAAGGAGAGUGGUGUAUCGUAUUAUGAGUGGGCCGUGGGUUCACAUCCGGGACAUGCAGACAUCAUGCAAUUUACUAGGGAGAGUACAGAGAACGGAGUCAGUGACCUUUCCAGACCUUUACUUCUACAAGAAGGUCACGCGUAUUUCAUUUCUGUAAAGGCCAUCAACAGAGUUGGUCUGAUAUCUAUGAAGAGUUACGGAGCUUUCGCAGUUGAUGCAAGCCCGCCAUUGGCCGGCCAAGUCCUUGAUGGAAACCCAGCGCUUGCUCAAGCCAAUCACAGAGACCAAGACUUCCAGGAGGAUCGCAGAAUGAUCGGCGCAUCAUGGGAAGGUUUUAAUGAUCCUCACAGCGCCAUCGUUGGUUAUUCUUGGAGAGCUGGUACAUGUCAAGGGUGUAGCGAUGUCGUUCCUGAGCAGCAAGUGGGCAUGGAUACCGGUGUUCUUGCUGAAAAUCUGAACCUAGUGGCAGGUCUGACCUACUUCUUGACCGUGACAGCCUGUAAUGCUGCUGACCUUUGUACAUCAAAGACAUCUGAUGGGGUCAUGGUUGAUGAUUCUCCACCGGUGCCAGGGCGGGUGUAUGAUGGCGGUCCUGGGAGUGGUGACAUAAAUUACCAAUCAUCAAGGCUGCAGCUGCGUGCUCAUUGGUGGGGCUUCCACGACCCUCACUCUGGCCUCUCCCACUACGAAUGGCGCGCUGGUACGACACAAGGAGCUGAAGACAUUCUCUCCUCUACUCGCAUCGAGCUGUCAGAGGAUGCGCUUACAUUCCUGUCCGAUUCAGGCCAGUUGCCAAUCAGUACAGAUAUCUACAUCACUGUGCGCGCCUAUAACCAGCUUGGUUUGUGGAGUCAGGCUACGUCUAAUGGGUUCCGGGUCGACUCUACCCCUCCUGAUGCGGUGCAUGCACCUGCUGUGAGCGAGACGCAGGAAAUGGCUUUUAAAAACACUCAAAUUACGCGGGAUGUGAUUCACGUUUCUUGGAAGUUCAGGGACACUGAGAGUGGUAUUAAAAACCACUUCAUAUCCGUCAGCACUCACCACAACGGAGAUGUCAACAUACCUACAAUAAAGAUAGCAGGGAGCGAGUCGGAUCACACAUUCACUAAUCUGACUUUACAUGAAGGCAGCCGUUACAUCGUCACCGUGGUGGCUUGCAACUUCGCUGGUCUGUGCACAGAUAGCCAGACAGAACCUUUAUUGGUUGAUGGUAGUCCACCGUCCGUUGGCACGUUUGCCGUUGGUACGGAGAGUGCUGCUAACUUGGAUAGGCAUCAUAUCAUCUGGAUUGACCCAACUGAAUUGGGUGAAACUACUCGACCGAAUGAGCUAAGCACAACCCCUAAUGUUACUGAUGUUCCUAACACCACCGAGACACCACCGGGCACCCCACUGCCUUCACACCAUCUUCCAACCACAACGGACUCAACCUACUCAGCCGUUGAUUUCGACAACACCAGUGAUUCAUCCACCAACUCAACCGCUGAAGUCGGCAACACCACCGACUCGGUCAACUCUACCACAGAGACUCCACCGUCUACCCCAUUUCUCCCACCCUACCACUCUGGCUGGAUGACUUGGAUAGAAGACCCCCGUACAUCCCUUGGUUCCUUAGCCCUUGCCUGGCUGGGAUUUUCUGAUAUACACUCUGGUAUCAGCCACUACUUGAUCUCCAUCGGAAGCACCUAUGGCGGGGCUGAACUCACUAUGAAUGGUCCAAUCCGUGUAAACCACAGCAACGAGGGCAUGUCUCUGGAUGAAGGCAUCGCACAGACCGCCAUCAUACCGCUAGAGGGCAGUAUAGUAGACUUACCUCAUCCAUAUCUCUACAUCUCGCUCUGGGCUGUUAAUGGGGUUGGGAAACCAAGCGGCCGUCAUCAUUCCACUUUUGAGGUUGCUCCUACUUCACCAGUUGAGGGCGCUCUUGUCCUGCUUCGGCGCUGCUCACCUACCACAUGCGAGGGCCACUGUGCGUGUGCACCUAUGGAUAGAACAUGUAAUCCAGACCAGAGUUGCAAUGAUGUAACUGACAGUAAUCCCAACACUGAGAUAGAAGUUCUUGAUGUACUGGAUCUGAUGCAUGAUGAUAUCAAUACCUUGAUUGAUAUUGAUGAUACUGCCACUCAGUGUAUAGCAGCUGCAGUUUGGAACGUAACCGAGCAGAAAGGACUUGAUAUCAGAUGGUUUGAAUGGAGCAUUGGUGAUGACUCUUCAUCCGAUCCAGUGGGAGUCUUUGAUCCAGUGGAAGAAAGGAUAUGGUUUGAUAUAGGACAGGAUAAUUAUACUAUUAUCACACUGGAUGAAGAUCACAAGAUGAUAAAAGGGAUAAAGUAUCACGUGUUUAUCCGGGCCUGGUAUGAUGCCAACACAUACGCUGUGUUCAAAUCAGACGGCAUUACACCUGGUAUCACACCGCCAAAAAUAUCAACAAUCAGAGGCAGACAGAUAAAAGAUCUUGCUACAUCUGAUGCCCAGAAAGACACCGAUUACCUGACAGAUCCUAAUGGGAUCUAUAUUUCCUGGGAGGGAGUGUUUUUAGACGAAGCAAUGUCCCACUACCAAGUGUCUUUGAGUACCUUUCCAGGAGGUGAAGAUAUUCGUCAGUUUGCCGAUCACACUUUCCCAGCCACGGUGUCCAGCACGCGCUUCACCAACCUUAACCUUCAGAGUGGAAUGCGAUACUACAGCAACGUACGGGCUUUCAACAAAGCCGGUCUGCACACGCUCAGAAGCAGUGACGGCUUCGUGGUGGAUACAAGGAGGCCAGAUCCAGGCUUGGUGUUUGAUGGAAUAGAUCUACACGAUGUCGAGUACCAGAACUCCAGCACAGUGAUAUCAGCAUCCUGGCAUGGCUUUGUGGAUUUGGAAUCCUUUAUAGACCAUUAUGAGUGGUGCGUUGGACAGACACCUAGCACUGAAGAUGAUGAUGUCGUGCCCAGUACUGAUGUUGGAAUCCAUCUGUCUGCCUCCAGGAGUCUAUCAGUACCUCUCACAGAUGGUAUUACGUACUUCUCCAAGAUCUCAGCAGUUGAUGCCGCCGGCUUAAAGUCUCUAACAGUCUCUUCAGAUGGGUUUGUGGUGGACACCUCAGCCCCUGAGCCACUAGAACACAUCCACUUUGGGGAUAACUUGAUUCAGAAUCCAUCCUUUGAAAUGAUGCAGAAACCGGAUAUGGAUGUUGUUGAUACAACAACGGUUGCUGAAGGCUGGAUAUCUAAAGAAGGCACAGGUACAAGUGAUAAUCAGUCAACUUCAGAAAACUUCACUCCCUCACCUGUGCAGUCACUAUCAACAUAUUCCAAUGAUAGUCAUUCUGAAAGUUAUCCAUCAACUGCCAAUAAUUUGACAACUGAAGAAAUGCCGACAACAAGCAGUGAGGAUGUUACCAGCGGUAAACAAGAUGAACAACUAUUGCAGUGGGAUGUUGGGUCCAACAGCCAGAUUUCCCUGGUCGCUUCAGGGAAGACGAUUGCUCAAGAUGGUCGUUCUUUCUUGUCUCUUCACGGAUCCAUCUCCCAAACCUUCAACACAACAACGGGCAGCCACUACCAGGUUGUACUCUUCGCGAGUCACAUCGUGCCGUCCCACUACCCUUUGCUUAACCAGGAAGGUCGCAUUGAGGCACCGAGUUUGAAUCGUGUCUUCAGGUUGUAUGACCGGCCAGCACACGGUCACUCAGACCAGAGUCUGAGGUCCAUCCGAUGGCAGCAGCACAGGUUUUACUUCACAGCCGGUAACGAUGUCUCAACAUUAAAAAUCUCCUCAGUUGGAACGGCAAAUGGAAUCCUGUUGGAUAAUGUUCAGGUGAGACAGAUCACCCUUGGACAAAGCACCGGUGAUGGGGCUGUAGAAGUCCAUACUCACAUCAGUCAAGGCUGGUCAUCAGUCCAGGCCAAGUGGCAAUUUAUUGACCCAGAGAGUCCCAUAGUGGAUUACAGCUGGGCCAUAGGUACAACGAAAGGCGGUACCCAACUACAAACGUACACAUCAGUGGGUACACAGACAGAUGCUAUGAACACUAACCUAAGAAUGGCACAUGGCUCAAAUGUCUACGUCACUGUGAUGUCAAGAAAUGCGGCUGACCUCAUCUCCAUAUCGACCUCUGACCCUGUAGUGAUUGAUCUCACGCCUCCUAUCAUUCAUGCUGUAACUGACGGAAAGGAUGAACAUGAUGUUGACUUCAGUGCAGAUAAUUCUUCUCUGACGUUCAGUUGGUCUGCGUUUGAUCCUGAGAGUGGCAUUGACCACUGUGAUUGGGCAGUUGGCUCUGAGCAUGGACUGGAUGACAUCUUACCAAGCUCACCGUCUCCUGAUGUGACAUCUAGCAUCACCGCUAGUCUGUCUCAAAUUAUGGUAGAGGGCCAGCGCCUGUAUGCAACCGUCACGUGCUACAAUCAUGCUCAAAAGUCGUCAUGGAAAUCAUCAGAUGGUGUUACAAUAGUGACGGUGCCUCCUAAUUCCACAGCAGCAGUUGUCAUUGUGAAGACCAUGUCAGAUACUCAAUACGAAUCACGCGACGGAUACCAGUCUCAGAGGAACUCCCUAAGAGCAUCAUGGAGUGGUUUCAUGGAUCCAUUCGGAAUUCACUCCUAUGAGUGCUUUCUUAGUGGUCCCAACGCCUUCACCUCCUGGACACCUUGUGGAUCCACAUCAGAGACCCACCUUGAUUGGUCAGGUCUUAGCCUGGUUGAUGAUGCAACCUAUAGCCUGUCAGUCAGAGCUAUCAAUCAUGCCGGUCUGAUUAGUCAGCAUAUCACGAGCAACUUUGCUGUGGGGUCUUCAAAGCCUGUUGUGGGACCGCCAAGUCUGCUCAGGUCCUCCUCGCUGGGCAACACGACAGUUCAUCUUGCCUGGGAUGGCUUGUUCCCCUCCUCUUCCUCCACUUUGGUGUAUGAGGUAUCGCUGGGUACCAUCCCAGGAGGUAGUGACGUCAUGCAGUGGGUGGAGACAAUUGAGACUGGUAUGCGUGUCUCACCGCUGGCACCUUACACCGACUACCACUUGACGUUGACGGCAAUUAACGCGGCCGGCUUGUCGCAAACAGUCAAGAAGAUCAUUGCUGUCUAGAUGAUUCAUAGUAUAUUAAGACACAAACGGCAUUUCUAAUAUGAUAUAAUCUGAAAGGAUGCCUUACUUAAAUUAACUCGGGAAAUUGUAGAUGCUUGUACUAAUACAUUAAUGUGCAGAUUUGGAGAUUUGAGGUUCGAUUGUGCUUUCAUGUAAAGUUUCAACAUACAUUUUAGGUCGCUAUACGUUUUACAGUUUAUGAAAUUUUUCUAGAUUGUCAUCUUUGCAGACAAUGAACAACUCGAUAAUAAUGUUGAUGGACCAGUAUUGAAACGACCGGACCUUACUAUGUAUGUUUACCCUUUGCCCGUAGGAUAAAAUAUCAUAACUCAAUAGAAUGCUUCUGCCAAGGCUGCAUUUAAUGAAUAAAUCAUGUAAAACACAAAUGCCUUUAACAUCUUACCAUUCCUAAAACAUUUCGUUGGGAUUGGAAUGAGCUUCAUCUUUUUGACAUGACACAGGAAAAAAGAAUCAGUUGUAGUGAUUUUCACCUAUUAACCCUCCGAGCAGUCCGACGGUAGUUUUAUAGUCCACAUUUUCCAAAUAUGGGCAUAUUUUUUUUUCAAUGGGCCACUUAGGCCAAGCUUCCAUGUAAUCCUCACCUCUACUACACACUACAAGCCUGUAGACUCCCAUUGGCCAGACCCUAGCCACUCCGGAGUAAGGAGUGUUGAAAGACAGAAGCCAAGAUGGCGCCCAAUGCCUUUGUGUAGUAAUUGGAGAUCUUAGUGGCCAGCCCUAAGUGCCGCCGACGUAAUUUUUUUCCUAGGAGGGUUAGGGGCAAUGUCAUGAAUAAUUCAGUUUUGCCUUUGAAUCAUUGCAAGACUUUCG